AGUUUUAAAAAAUAGUAAACAAAUUUUAAAAUUUAGUGUUUUUAACUACCAAACCUUUGAAUAUAUGAAAAAAAAAAUUAAAACAAUUAGUGCUUUUUGCGUGCUAAUUUAAUGCAAAUUAUAGAAUUUGUUUUAUAAAAAUUAAAUCAAAUUAAAUCCCGCAAAGGCAGCCACCUCUUUUUGGAAUAUUAUUCAUUUUUAUAACACGCUACGUUGCUUAUUAUUCUAUACAACCUAACCCAGCAAACAAUUUUGCUGUUUGUUAGCGUGUUUAAAGUUAAACGUGCUUUUUAAUUUAUUCGUUUUUUUGUUUACCUUUGUGUAAACGGCUUCACAGUGGCUCUUCACUCAACAGAAGCCUUAAUGGCUGCCGGUUUUCUUAAAUCGGGAGAUUUGGGACCCCAUCCACACAGUUAUGGUGGUCCUCAUCCUCAUCAUGGACCACAUGGACCUUUGCCGCCUGGUAUGCCGAUGCCGUCAUUGGGACCCUUUGGUUUACCCCAUGGCCUAGAGGCCGUCGGGUUCUCCCAAGGUAUGUGGGGUGUUAAUACCCGCAAACAGAGACGUGAACGCACCACAUUUACCCGAGCCCAGCUGGAUGUUUUGGAGGCUUUGUUUGGCAAAACACGUUAUCCCGAUAUAUUUAUGCGCGAAGAAGUGGCUUUAAAGAUUAAUCUACCAGAAUCUAGAGUACAGGUCUGGUUUAAAAAUCGUCGCGCCAAAUGCCGCCAACAGUUGCAGCAGCAACAGCAGUCAAAUAGUUUAAGCAACUCGAAAUCGGUUAAUUCGGGUUCCGGUUCCGCCUCGUGUUCAUCCUCCUCCUCACGCAAUACAUCGAAUAACGGCAGCAGCAAUUCCAAUUCAACGAAUUCUUCCAAAUCCAACAGUCAUCAUUCCUCGUCCGCCAAUAACAAUAACAACAACAAUAACAGCAACAAAUCAAAUAACAAUUCAUCGAAUAAUAAUUCCUCCUCACAGGGCUCUUCGGCCGCAGCGGCUGCAGCAGCCGUGGCACAAUCCAUUAAGUCACAUCACAGUUCCUUCCACAAUUCCUCCUCGUCCGCCUCCGCCGUUACACCAAGCAGCUCCUCAGCCGUUUCACAUUUACAUCACAUGGCCGGCAGUAGUGUGGGUUCGGGGUCAGCUGGUGGUCUUAAUACCUCGGGCGGUGCUAAUCAUCAGAAUUCUUCACCUUUACUGCCCACACCUGCCACCUCGGUUAGUCCGGUUAGUAUUGUGUGCAAGAAAGAACAUCUGGGCGGUUCCGGCUAUCCGGGCUCAAAUGUUGAUGCUUUGCGUGGCUCAUCUUAUGAUACUCUUAAGGAAUCGGGUGGCGAUAUCAGUUCUAGUUCUCAUCAUCAUAGUAUUUAUGGCACAGCUGCCUCCGCCAAUCCUCGACUUUUACAACCUGGUGGCAAUAUUACGCCCAUGGAUUCGAACAGCAGCAUUACCACACCCUCACCUCCCAUUACACCCAUGUCUCCACAGUCGGCGGCCGCAGCUCAUGCUGCCCAAACCGCCCAAUCGGCUCAUCACUCAGCCGCCCAUUCGGCCGCCUAUAUGUCCAAUCAUGAUUCCUAUAACUUCUGGCAUAAUCAAUAUCAACAAUAUCCCAACAACUAUGCUCAAGCGCCGAGCUAUUACUCUCAAAUGGAAUAUUUCAGCAAUCAAAAUCAAGUCAACUAUAAUAUGGGUCAUUCGGGCUAUUCAGCUGCCACCAAUUUCGGUCUCUCACCUAGUCCCUCGUUUACGGGCACCGUUUCGGCUCAGGCAUUCUCACAAAAUAGUCUAGACUACAUGACGCCUCAGGAUAAAUAUGUCAAUAUGGUGUAGAAUCUGCUGAUACAAUAUUGCGGCAAUAAAUCGGAUGAUGAUUCAGUCAGUGGUUCAUAUGUCUCGACUAAAGCGCCGUUUGAGUAUGCAUAAAUUUUAAGGUGAAAAUUGUUGUUUUUGUUUUUUUAGUAGUCUGAAAUUCACUAGAAAUCAGUUUUAAAACAUAUCCUACAAUGAAAUUAAAGUAUUUUUAAUUUUUUUUUUUUUUUUUGGUUAAAAGGAAAAAAGAGAAAAAUUUUAUAAGAAAAUAUCAAAUUUUAGCUUGAAAAUCUAAAAAGAAAGCAAAAAGUUUUAAAUGUAAAGAAAGAGGUUUUGAAAAUUAUGAAAACUCUAUUUGGCUCCCAGAUCGGCAAAGAGCUUUCUUGCUCUCUUAAAAGAGAACUUAUUUUUUGCUCUCUGCUGAUGUAGGCUUUGGUUAGUUAGUUAUUCAUAGCACUCUCUUUCAUGAAUUUUUAAACAAUUCUUGAUUUCCUACAUCAUCAGAGACUAAAAACUAAGUUCUCUUACUGGUUUUUAUCGUUUUUUUAUACAAGUGUUUAAAGAGUGCAAAAAAGCUCAUAAUAAAGCUUCUUGCCGAUAGGGACUUUAAUUUUAUUGAUUUUUUAAAUAAAAUGCUACUUUGGUUUUCUAAAGAAAUUUUCUAAAAACUAAGAAAAACUUGUAAAUAACUAUUGAUUCAUUUUUUAUCAUUUAACAGCCAAGAUCAACGAAAAUCGAGUGAUAAAAUUUAAAAAAACACAUAAUAAGUAUACAAUCUAAAAAAAGACAUAAUUUGUACUCAAAAAUCCUUAAAAAAAAACCGAAAUGAAAUGAUAAAAAAUUAAAUUAAAACCCAAAUAAACUU